UCGGGAGGAGUCAACAACCGAUCUCUCUCCCCCUGGCGGUACAGAAUCGAUGAGAGAGAGGACAGGAUUCCUGCUAAAAUCCUGGUGGCUGAGUGUCUGUAUGAGGGCUGCAUCGUCAACAAGCACGAGGACAAGACAUAUAACUCUGUCCCCGUGUUGGUCACUAUCACCGUGCUCCAGAAGACUGUGUGCCCUGGCAACCCUCGACUCUACCUGGUGACAGUAGACUCGUGUGACAUCGCUGUGGCAUGCACAUGUGUUGUACCCAGACAGAUGAUUUAA